ACCCGCUGCCAAGUUUAUUGAAACCGCAGAACUCGUGAGCUGCGGACGUGUCUCGCUCGAUCGCACCGCGCACCUGUUAAUCUCCGUUCGCUCUCUCUCUCUGGCACUCUCACUCUCAAUCUCUCGAUUGACUCCUCUUCGCUGUUAGCUGCAUCGUCGGACGCGCGUCUUGUCUUGCGGAUUCGUGAUAUCGUGUCGCAGUUUGAUUGAAUUUGAUGUGAAUAGUAGGGAGAAGAGGCUGGAAUAUUACAUAUUAUUUGUAUUUGGCAAUACUGUUGUGCACACGCCGCCGCCGGCUUCGCUUGCCGUUGUCGUUGUCGUCGCCUCCGAUUUUGCCAUCGCCGCGGCUCCGAUCAUUGUUAUUCUGCUCCUACGCGAUAAUUAUUCGAACUCGUUCGCGGAUUUCGACUCUGUAUUUGGGCAAUGCCCAAUUCUAAAUUGUUAAUUGCGUGACAAAGACAACAAAUAAAAAAACAGCGAGAAACAACGAGCAACAACGAGCAACUGUAAUUCCUCCCCCACCCACGAAAAUGCAAAUCGAUAUGAACAAAUCACAGAGUGGCGGCAGCUCUGCCAGCAUUACCGCUAUGCUGAUGCUGCUGCUCCUCAGCGUCCACGCAGCCGUUGGAAGGCCUGAUGUACGGCCCUCGCCAUUCGCCUUAGAGCUGCAGCCGCCACUGGCGCAGCCGGCGGAGGCAUUCAAUGGGGCCGGAGUGGGCGAACAGAGGGCCGUCGACAGCUACGGCAAUCCGAUCGCGGGCCUGCGUCCCAUUGACACGCCCGACGGGCGCAAGGUGGUCAGUGCCCAGGGCCUCCAGUUCGAGAUACCCACCUACGCGUCCGGCAUCACGGAGAUCCGACAGCCGGCGGAUGAUCUGCUCCCGCCCCACAUUGAUGCCAUCGCAGUGGGCCUGGCCCCGCCCACGGACACGAGCACCGAUCCGAACUCAUUCGCACCAGCCCCAGAAUCUGCAUCUGCAUCCGCACCAGCACCAAUACCAGCCACAUCACUAACACCUCCAAAGCAUAGCCCAUCCCCCACCACGACGACUGUCACAACGGAUGUGGAGGUGGAACAGGCCCAGCUAGUGCCGAUUCAGCAGCAGCAGCAACAGCAGGAGGAGAGUGCCCAGGAGCCGCUGGUGGCCAGUGGAACACUGCCCGAGUACAUCCGAGAGCUGCAGCGCCAGGAUCCGGACAUUGGCGGUCCAGUGCCAUGGACACCGGCACCGAAUGCAGCACCUCUGAGUGUCAUCGCCUGGGAUCUGUUGCCGCCGCAUCUCACGGACCCUGCCCCAACCUCCGAGCCACUGAUAAUCACCGAGCAACAGCCGACGAGGUACGUGCAGGGAGUGGAGGAUCCUGCCAGCCACAACAUACACCUGAGUCUGAGCAGCGGCGAUGCCCUGACCCCGGCGGACCCUGUGCCCCAACAGACGCAGACGCAGGGUCAGGUGUCGGUCGUGCCGCUGCAGCGGGAUGGACCGGAAGCUCAUGGAACCAAUGCGCAUGUGGGCAGCACGACGCCGAGCAAUGCGGGAGGAAGGUUCCCCAAUCGGCAUCGCGGAACGGCCCACUAUAGCACCACCAGAAGCACUACCACGACGCCAAGGCCGCGCAGCACCAGCAUCAGCACCACUCAACAACCCCAACCGACGACGACAACAAAAACAACAACAACCAGCACAACCAGAAGGACAACCACCACACCAAGACCAGUCACAACAACAACAACAAGGAGAACGACGACGGUGCAGCCAACGCCGCGCAGCACCACCCCAUUGGAUCCAUCGACCUUCUACAAGCUGGACAACAAUGAGGAGUACGCGUACACGCUGCCGCCUUGGCUGCAGGCAGUCACCGAUCCGGACCUGGACGUGGCCGUCACCUUCAUCGUGCCCACGGACAAUGACCAGUACAACCACACGCUGGCCGAGGAUCUGGAGCCGCCGUACGAGCCGUACGUGGAUCUGAACAACAUUCAGCUGACGCCGCCCCCGACGGCAAGGCCUCCACCACUGCCCACCACCAAAAGCAGCACAACCACAACCACAACCAGUACCAGUACCACAAGAGCUCCAACGACGACGACGACGACGGGCACUCGACGUCCGACCACGCUGCGAACCACCAAUGCACCCUCCAUACCCACAACGCACAGCACCCAACCACAGAAACCGCACACAACAAAACCACAGCAAACGAAACUGAUCACAACCACCCACCACACAGAUCUCCUGGAUGGGGCAAGGGCAGGCACGCCCACGGCAGCGGAGGACAACCCCUUUGAUUCGUCCACAGUGCCGGCCUGGCUGCGGGAUUUCGAUUAUCCGGAUGUGGGACCAGGAGUGCCCUAUAAUCCGGACAACUUCAAGGAGCCAGCCACAACCCCACGCUUCCCGUCCACCCCACCAACACCAGUCCCGACCAGAGCAGCCUCCUCCGCUUUUCCAUCCAAAGUCACGCUUCCGCUUCCAGGCACCGUCCAAGGCAUCGAGAGCAGUCCCAGCAGCUCCAACGAGAGCCCAGAGCCGCCGUUGGUACUGGUGCCGCCAGCUGACCAGCCCAGCGAUGAGACGAGCAGCUCCGUCCCACAAAAUCCUAGUACAAACUCUAUCACCAAUUUUGCAGCACGCUUUGAUCCCCAAGGCAUUCAGUCCGCCGCGCCCACCCAGGCCCCAAAGGUCACCGUCACCGAAGAUCAGUUCCCGCCCUUCAAUGGCGUCGGCUCCACUGAUGGCGUCACCAAGAAGGUGGAGUACAAGAAGAGCGACGAGGGAAAGGUGAUCAGCACCCCCAUCAGUGGACAGCGCAAAGAUACGUCAACGCCACCCACCAACACGGGCAAGUAUACGGGAGGAUUUGGAGCACCGCCAGGUCUGCUGCGUCCCCAGGCCACAGGCACUUCCGGCUCCGGCGCCAACACUAGUCCGGCAGCCAACAGCCCGGACAGCAAUGGAGGCAUCUACGUGGCCGGCAGCCAGCACGAAUUUAGCAACACGCUCAAGGCAAACAGAGCUCGUCCCACCGUCAACCCGGGUCGCUACACCGGCGGCUUCGGUGCACCCAUCGGUGUUCUCUCUGUUCAGGCCGAGCCGAGACCCUUCCAGCAGUCACAGCAGACACAGCAGCAGCAGACACAGCAGCAGCAUCAUCAAGUGGCCAGCGCUGGCUCCAGCAGCCAUUCGAGCCGGUUUGGAGGCCCUCCCGGGGUGCUAAUCCCAUUCGACAAUGUGCAGCGUGCUGGCGGCCAGUAGGCCAGUAGGCCAGUGGGCCAGAGGGCGGUCACAGAUCCCCGCAAACACUUUAAAUUAUUUAUAAUCUAAGUACGUGUACUUAUGUUAAAGCUUAGUAAGUUGUUGAUAAGGCAACUAUUCCCAUCCCCCCCGCUGACCCUUUUGUAGCAACAAUCUAUGCGAACCCUCCGGGUGUAUUCGAGUUUCCAUGUUGUACGUAGCAUAAGCUUACACGAAUGCGAAACGCUCCUUAAACAAUAAAUCGCCUGUCGACUAUCGAAA